CCAUUCCUCUGUUUGAUUUCUCCCGUCUGAAAAAAACAAUGGAGGCCGGGAACCGCCGCCGCGGCAGAAGGGAAGUGCCGGCGUGGGAGAAGCGGUUCUGCCUAGUGGUGGGGAGGAUGCCGUGGAGGGAUUUCUUGCGCCGCAAGAAAUACGUUGCUUGCUGGGGAAGCAAGUGCAUCGACAGGGUCAUGGCGUGGGACGAUUCUGCAGGGUACGAGUGCUUCCGCGACGCCAAGGCGCGCUUCUGCGCGAAGAAUUACUCCGAUUGCGGGACCCUCCGCGAGCUUAAGCCGCGGGCCCUGCUUGGGCCGGACGUGUACGUCGACGACGUCGUGUGGAGGGGCCCGAACGACGACGGCGACAGGGAGCUGCGGCGGCUGGUGGCGGAAGCAGAGGAAGCGCAGGAGAGAGCGAGGGAAUCAGCGGCGGCGAGGAAUGAUUGUGUCGUCUACUCGAAGACGAUCCCGCUGGAGGAGAUAAAGGCGACGGGGUGGGACGACGACUCGUGGCGGAAUCCGGGUUUGACCGGGAUGCUCGUCGGCGGCGACGAUGUUGGUGGUUCAGGGGGAAAGGGGAGAUGCAGGGAGAGGAAAACGAAUUGGUGUAACGGGAAAAAGAUGGCCGAACGUUGACGUUUUGGGAUAUAAUGCAUAAUAUGGGCAGCAUACUUCAAAGAGAGGUCCUAUUGAUUAAUUUUGGACUUCUGAUAUUAUAGUUUGACAAAAUAUUGUAAAAUCGUAUUGGAAAAGUUAGCGACGUAAUAUUUUGUACUGAGUUAUAGUUUAAUGAUAGAUUGAUGGUUAACUAUUUAUAUAGUGCGCAAAAUUGCUUAUAGAAACGCCGACCGUUACAUUAUGAUUUCACAACACAUUAGUUUUGACAAGAAACAAUUUUCUUUUCAUAAAUGAGAAACCUAACUAGAAUAUUGGUUUCGUAGUAAUUCAUCCACGACUAGAUCAAUAUUAUUUUGUUUUGGAAGAAGUUUUUCGGUGUUUUGUAUUUUUUUUCUCCUCUAGGUAACAUUAUGAUUACCGACUACAAUAUUGUUCGCGUUGGGUCUACCCCGCGCUAUUUUGCUUUUGAACUCAUAAUGAUGACUUUUCGAGAGGUUAUCGAUCUCCGUACGACUUCACCCCUUUUAACUUUAGAGUUCUAACCAAAACUCUCACCCAACACUUUUAACAAUUUCCUUUAAUCCUGCAAACCUCUCACCUAUCUUCGUAUAAAAUGUAGCAAGUUAUAAGUAUCUAGUUGAUGAAGGUCAAAAUAUAAGAUAUCACAUUUAGAGAGCUCAUUAGGAGAAAAUGUAGCAAGUUAUAAAAACAGUUUCUUGUAAAAGUUAACAAACGAAUCUUCGGGAUUUAAAUAUGCCACGCUACAGAGCAAUUUCGUAUUAACAUAAUUGAAGAUACUAUGAAGCACUUGUAACUACAUAUCCAAAUUUAUUAUACAUAAAUCAUGUAGUGGCAGGUAACUUAGUGGUGGAAAUGAUGGAUUUUAUAGGGAGGUUCCAUAUUUGAAUCUCGCUCUCAAGUAAACACGAAUAGUAUUUUUUCCAUGUGUGUGUCAAAUUUCAAGUAGUGCCUGGGAUCUACCUGAAUUGUAUGUGGCUCCGCCACUGAAAUAUAAGUGGCUUUUUCGGUGCACUCAUAAGAACAAGUGUAUUCAAUGCACUCAAAUCUAUAAUUGACAUUAAGACAUCGAAUUUUUUGGAUUUUAAUUGGUAGCAUUAGUACGAUAUGAUGAUAUGACAUAUGAUCAUAAUCAAUCAAUCUAUUACCUUAACCCCUAAAUCUUCAAUGUUGAACACAAACCCAAAAUCCCAAAUUAUAAACUCUAAACCCUAUCCCCUAAAUCCCCUAAACUCCAAAAUCUUCAAAUCAAAAUAAAUUUCGAAUGAUUUUUGUGCAAAUUCAAGUAUUUUGUAGUCCAUCAUCAUAUCACAAUUAAAUAUUAGCAUCAUCAAUUGAAAAAAAAUUAUCUAUUCAUAAUGAUGAUUAUGAAACUAAGUAUAUUGAAUGCACUUACAUUCAUAUAUUUUACCAAAACUUGUACUUCCAUUACUACAAGAUUUUCUUUAUACCAUAAUCAGAACGUGAACAAUAUAAUUGACUUUGCGGCGGAUAGGGGGCCGCACGGCUCAGCCCUGUCUCCGGUAUCCAAAGCCCAUAUAUCACUUAUUAAUUUUGUAGUUUAGAACUGGCCCAAUACUAUUUUUUUUUUUUGUUUCUGACUCAAUGGCUCAAAUAUCAUUUGAUGGUCGAACAAUAAAAAGAAAUUGAACCCAAUCAAAUUCCUUCUCUAUUAUGUCCUAGAUCCGUCGCUGUUACGAAACGGACGUACGUAGCACGAUAAACACACAUCAAUCCU